UUCACAUGCAAUCAUCAUCAUCAUCGUAUAUUGUGUCUGGUGGUGUCAAUGUUUUUGAUUUGUUUUGCUCAUCAUCUGGAUCAUCAAUGUUCAUCAUGAUGGUAAUAUCAUCAUCAUUAUCAAUGAUAUUCAAUCGUCAUCGUCAGCCAAUAUCAGUUUAUCUAUUAAUCGUUGCCAUUUAUUAUUAUCAUUGUCAAAUAUCUGCUCAACUUUUUCUACCAAAACGACCAUGGUUAUUACCAAAUCGUAUCAAUACAACUGCCAUCAGUAAUGUUAUUGCUAAUAUAUCCAAUGUUUCAUCUUCGUCAUCAACCGGUAUUGGUCAAUCAUCAUCAUCAUCACCGAAUCAUUGUUUAACACCAUAUGGUACACCGGGUGAAUGUUCGGAUAUAAGAAAAUGUUUUUACUUAAUACUUGAUCUCACCAUUCUUCGACAAUCAGUUUGUUUUCGUAAUUUAAUUAUACCGGGUGUUUGUUGUCCAAUCGAAGGUGUUGAUGGUAUCAGACCAUUUAGACCAACUAAUUCGACAAAAUUACCAUUACCAUCAUCAUCGAUUAAUCAAUCACCAGAUGCCAGCACUAUUGUUGAACCAAUAUUUAUACCAUCAUCAUCAUCGACGACUAUAUCUACCUCUACUUCCGUUGAAUCAACAACAACAACAGCUAUGACGACUAUUUCUACAACAUCGAAACCAUUUCAACAAAAUCGUCCAUUAUGGAAUUCAAAAACAACUACAAAAGCAUCAUUCAUUCCAUCAUCAUCGACAACAACAACACCAAAACCAUCAUCAACAACAACACAAUUUCCUCUGCCAUAUCCACCAUCAUCCGGAAAUGACACAUCAUUUCCGGAUGAUAUUUGUGGAUUAGCUGGACGUGAUGCAAGAAUUGUUGGCGGUGAAGAUUCAUUACCCGGGCAAUGGCCUUGGGCUGUAAGUUUUUUAAUAAAAAUAAAUAUUUUUUACAACAAUAUGAAAUAUUGGUGUGGUGGUGCAAUCAUAAAUCAAAAUCAUAUUAUAACAGCAGCACAUUGUCUUUCGGAUCAACGUGGUCAACUAUAUCCACGUGAAAAUUUACUGGUUAAAUUGGGUGUACAUGAUUUAAAUAAUGAUAACAAGGAUAAUGAAAUGGAUAAACAAACAUUCAAUGUUAUAACCAUUAUGCAGCAUCCAGAAUUUAAACGUAAUGGUUUUUAUAAUGAUCUUUGCUUAUUACGACUAGAUCGUAAUAUACGUUUUGUCCCCGAAUCUGUUUGGCCAAUUUGUUUACCCGAUUUGAAAUCAUCGAUUCAUUCACGUAAUCUUGUUGGUUAUAUGGCCACUGUUAUCGGUUGGGGAACCACAAAAUAUGGUGGCCAACAAAGUGGUCGAUUACAACAAGUAUCAUUACCUGUUUGGGAUAAUCAUGACUGUGAUAAACGUUAUUUUCAACCAAUUAAUCAAAAUUUUCUUUGCGCUGGUUUUGUGGAAGGUGGUAAAGAUGCUUGUCAGGGUGAUUCAGGAAGUCCUUUAAUGUUACCAGAUCAAGAUCGACGUUGGACAAUCAUAGGUAUUGUUUCAUUUGGCAAUCGUUGUGCACAGGCUGGUUAUCCAGGUGUUUAUACAAGAGUUACCCAAUAUAUUGAUUGGAUUCGAUCAAAUGUGUGAUUUUAUUUUAGUAUUUUAUUUUUUCUCUGGUCCCUGGUCUUUAUUCAUUUUUGUUGGAAAAAAUGGGGGUAACAUUCAUGAAAACUAAAUAAAUU